AUGCGCAAAAUCCUCCAAACCGACCCAAAUCCGCGCUCCUCCUCGAGUUGGGGUCCUGCUGCUGCACUGCUGUGGGGCAGUGAGCUGUGGGGCGGCUCUGAACCCUCUCCCUUCUCUCUCCCUGCAGAUGAUGUGUCCCCAUAUUUUAAGACGGAACCGGUGCGCAGCCAGGUCCACCUGGAGGGGAACCGCCUGGUGCUGACAUGCAUGGCGGAGGGCAGCUGGCCUCUGGAGUUCAAGUGGCUGCACAACAGCCGGGAGCUGACCAAGUUCUCCCUGGAGUACCGGUACAUGAUCACCUCGUUGGACCGCACGCAUGCUGGGUUCUACCGCUGCAUCGUCCGCAACCGGAUGGGAGCCCUGCUGCAGCGCCAGACCGAGGUGCAGGUGGCCUACAUGGGGAGCUUUGAGGACAGUGAGACAGAGCAGAGUGUGUCCCAUGGGGAGGCAGCUGUCAUCCGGGCACCCCGCAUUGCCAGCUUUCCCCAGCCCCAGGUCACCUGGUUCCGUGAUGGGCGCAAGAUCUCCCCCAGCAGCCGAAUAGCCAUCACACUGGAUAACACCCUCGUCAUCCUCUCCACGGUGGCCCCAGAUGCGGGACGUUACUACGUGCAGGCAGUGAACGACAAGAACGGGGACAACAAAACCAGCCAGCCCAUCACGCUCACCGUGGCCAACGUGGGUGGCCCCGCCGAUCCCAUCGCACCCACCAUCAUUGUCCCACCCAGGAACACCAGCGUGGUGGCCGGGACCUCAGAGGUGACCAUGGAGUGCGUGGCCAACGCCAGGCCACUGAUCAAGCUGCACAUCAUCUGGAAGAAGGAUGGCGUGCCCAUCUCCAGUGGCAUCAGUGACUACAGCCGCCGGCUCACCAUCCUCAACCCCACGCUGGGUGACAGUGGCUACUAUGAGUGCGAGGCUGUGCUGCGCAGCAGCAGUGUGCCUGCUGUGGCUGAGGGUGCCUACCUGUCCGUGCUGGAGCCCCCGCAGUUUGUCAAGGAGCCAGAGAGGCACAUCACAGCUGAGAUGGAGAAGGUGGUGGCCAUCCCAUGCCAAGCCAAAGGUGUGCCACCUCCCGACAUGGCCUGGUACAAGGACGCAUCUCUCAUCCAUCCGGAGCAGCUGUCCCGCUUCCAGCUGCUGGCAGAUGGCAGCCUGCAGAUCAGUGGGCUGCUCCCUGAUGACACUGGCAUGUUCCAGUGCUUCGCCCGCAACGCGGCCGGAGAGGUGCAGACCACCACGUACCUGGCUGUGACCAGCAUCGCCCCCAACAUCACGAGGGGUCCCCAGGACAGCACGGUGAUCGAUGGCAUGUCUGUAAUCCUCAACUGUGAGACCUCGGGGGCUCCACGCCCAGCCAUCACCUGGCAGAAAGGGGAGCGGAUCCUGGCCAGUGGCUCGGUGCAGCUCCCGCGCUUCACCCUGCUGGAGUCAGGCAGCCUGCUCAUCAGCCCAGCACACCUGGCUGAUGCCGGCACCUACACCUGCCUGGCCACCAACUCCCGUGGUGUAGACGAAGCUUCCGCUGACCUGGUGGUCUGGGCACGGACACGCAUCACCGACCCACCGCAGGACCAGAGUGUCAUCAAGGGCACCAAGGCCUCCAUGAGCUGCGGCGUCACCCAUGACCCCAGUGUGGAUGUCAGGUACGUCUGGGAGAAGGAUGGUGCACCACUGGGCACGGAGAGCGGCCCCCGGCUGCGGCUGGACGAGGCGGGCACGCUGCACAUCUCCCAGACCUGGUCGGGGGACAUCGGCACCUACACCUGCAAGGUGCUCUCGGCUGGUGGCAAUGAUUCACGCAGUGCCCACCUUCGUGUCCGGCAGCUCCCCCAUGCCCCCGAGAGCCCUGUGGCCAUCUUGAGCCCCCUGGAGAAGCGGGCCAUCAACCUGACUUGGGCCAAGCCCUUCGAUGGCAACAGCCCCCUGCUGCGUUACCUCGUGGAGAUCUCUGAGAACAAUGCACCCUGGACAGUGCUGCUAGCCAGCGUUGACCCCGAGCUGACAUGGGUGGUGGUGCGGGGAUUGGUGCCUGCACGUUCCUACCAGUUCCGCCUGUGUGCUGUCAACGAUGUGGGCAGGAGCCAGUUCAGCAAGGACACAGAGAGAGUGUCUCUGCCCGAGGAGCCACCCUCUGCACCCCCCCAGAAUGUCAUUGCCAGCGGCCGCACCAACCAGUCCAUCAUGAUCCAAUGGCAGCCACCUCCUGAGAGCCACCAGAAUGGUGUCCUCAAGGGCUACAUCAUCCGAUACUGCCUGGCCGGGCUGCCCGUGGGCUACCAGUUCAAGAACAUCACCAAUGCUGAUGUCAACAACCUGCUCCUGGAAGACCUCAUCAUCUGGACCAACUAUGAGAUCGAGGUGGCGGCGUACAACAGCGCUGGCCUGGGGGUGUACAGCAUGAAGGUGACAGAGUGGACGCUGCAGGGAGUGCCUACUGUGCCCCCGGGCAACGUGCAGACUGAGGCCACCAAUUCCACCACCAUCCGCUUCACCUGGAACCCCCCCAGCCCCCAGUUCAUCAACGGCAUCAAUCAGGGCUACAAGCUUAUCGCCUGGGAGCCUGAACAUGAGGAAGAGGCGACGGUGGUGACGGUGCGACCCAACUUCCAGGACAGCGUCCACGUGGGUUAUGUGGUGGGGCUGAAGAAGUUCACUGAGUAUUUGACAUCGGUGCUGUGCUUCACUACGCCGGGGGAUGGCCCGCGCAGCCCGCCCCAGCUGGUGCGCACCCACGAGGACGUGCCUGGCCCUGUGGGACACUUGAGCUUCAGUGAGAUCUUGGACACAUCCCUGAAGGUCAGCUGGCAGGAGCCCCUGGAGAAGAAUGGUAUUCUGACAGGCUACCGGAUCUCCUGGGAGGAAUACAACCGCACCAACACACGGGUGACCCACUACCUGCCCAACGUCACGCUGGAGUACCGUGUCACCGGCCUCACUGCCCUCACCACCUACACCAUCGAGGUGGCUGCCAUGACCUCCAAGGGCCAGGGCCAGGUUUCUUCCUCCACCAUCUCCUCGGGAGUGCCACCAGAACUCCCUGGUGCCCCCACCAAUUUGGGCAUCUCCAACAUCGGUCCCCGCUCCGUUACCCUCCAGUUUCGCCCGGGUUAUGAUGGCAAAACCUCCAUCUCUCGCUGGCAGGUGGAGGCACAGGUGGGCCAGAAUGGUGAGGCUGAAGAGUGGGGGCUCGUCCACCAGCUGGCUAAUGAGCCUGAUGCCCGCUCCAUGGAAGUGCCCAAUCUGAAUCCCUACACCUACUACAGGCAAGUGGCCAGGGCUGUGCCAUCCUUCCCAGGGGACCAGAGCACCCCUCUCCCCGCUGUGACCCCGCUCUCCCCUCUCAGUUUCCGCAUGCGGCAGGUUAACAUCGUGGGCACCAGCCCCCCCAGCCAACCCUCCAGAAGGAUCCAGACCCUGCAAGCCCCCCCGGAUGUGGCACCUGCUAAUGUCACCUUGCGGACAGCCAGUGAGACCAGCCUGUGGCUGCGAUGGAUGCCCCUCCUGGAGCAGGAGUACAAUGGGAACCCCGACUCGGUGGGCUACCGGAUCCGCUACCUGCGCUCGGAUGGGCGAGGGCGGGCAGUGAUGCACACCAUCCAUGACCGUGUGGAGCGAGAGUACACCAUCGAGGACCUGGAGGAGUGGACCGAGUACCGGGUGCAGGUCCAAGCCUUCAAUGCCAUUGGCUCAGGGCCCUGGAGCCAUUUGGUGCUGGGACGAACGCGGGAGUCAGUGCCCUCCUCUGGCCCCAGCAAUGUGUCAGCACAGGCCACGUCUUCCAGCAGCAUGCUGGUGCGAUGGAGCGACAUCCCUGAGGCGGACUGCAACGGCCUCAUCCUGGGCUACAAGGUGAUGUACAAGGAGAAAGAUUCAGAGGCACGUGCCCAGUUCUGGCUGGCAGAGGGCAAUGCCUCCCGCAGUGCCCAGCUGACAGGGCUGGGCAAGUUCAUGCUGUACGAGAUCCGCGUGUUGGCCUUCACCAGGAUUGGGGACGGCGUGCCCAGCCGGCCCCCUGUCCUCGAGAGGACUCUGGAUGAUGUACCUGGGCCUCCUGUGGGGAUGCUGUUUCCUGAAGUGAGAACAACCUCUGUGCGCCUCAUCUGGCAGCCGCCUGCAGCCCCCAAUGGCAUCAUCCUGGCGUACCAGCUCACCCACCGCCUUAACACCACCACGGCCAACGCGGCUGUCAGCGAGGUGCUGGGCCCCAGCACACGGCAGUACACGGCCACUGGCCUGCAGCCCGAGGCCACCUACCUCUUCCGCGUCGCGGCACAGACCCGCAAGGGCUGGGGAGAGGCAGCUGAAGCCCUCGUGGUGACCACAGAAAAGAGAGAUCGCCCGCAGCCCCCCAGCAAGCCGCUGGUGCGGCAGGAGGAUGUGCGUGCCCGCAGUGUUCUUCUGUCCUGGGAGCCGGGCAGUGAUGGGCUCUCCCCCGUCCGCUUCUACACGGUGCAGACCCGUGAGCUGCCCAGCGGUGAGUGGGCACUGCACCCUGUUUCCAUCAGCCAUAAUGCCACGGCCUUCAUCGUGGACAGGCUGAAGCCCUUCACCUCCUACAAGUUCCGUGUGAAAGCGACGAAUGACAUUGGGGACAGCGAGUACAGCGAGGAGUCAGAGUCACUCACCACCCUGCAGGCAGCCCCCGAGGAAGCCCCCACCAUCCUCUCUGUCACCCCACACACUACCACAUCCGUGCUCAUCCGCUGGCAGCCCCCAUCUGAGGACAAGAUCAAUGGGAUCCUGCUGGGCUUCCGCCUCCGCUACCGUGAGCUGCUGUACGACAGCCUGCGUGGCUUCACCCUGCACAGCAUUGGCAACCCUGGCGCCACGUGGGCUGAGCUCACCCCUGUCUACACCGUGCACAACCUCAGCGAGGUGUCCCUCACCCAGUACGAACUGAACAACCUGAGCAAGCACCGGCGCUACGAGAUUCGCAUGAGUGUGUACAAUGCAGUGGGUGAGGGACCCCCCAGCCCUCCCCAAGAGGUCUUUGUGGGUGAAGCAGUGCCCACUGGAGCACCGCAGAACGUGGCCGUGAAGGCAGCCACUGCCACCCAGCUGGAUGUCACCUGGGAGCCACCACCUGCUGAGACCCAGAACGGGGACAUCCAGGGCUACAAGAUCCACUUCUGGGAGGCGCAGCGGCAGAAUGAGAGUGCACGGGUGAAGACACUCUUCCUGCCCGAGACUGGGGUGAAGCUGAAGAACCUGACGGGAUACACCUCCUACUGGGUCAGCAUCGCUGCCUUCAAUGCAGCUGGAGAUGGACCCCGCAGCACCCCAGUUACGGCCCGGACACAGCAGGCAGCCCCCAGCGCCCCCGGCUCCAUCCGAUUCAGUGAGCUGACCACCACAUCAGUGAACGUGUCCUGGGAGCCACCACCGCUGCCCAAUGGCAUCCUGGAGGGUUACAGGCUGGUCUAUGAGCCCUGCAUGCCCGUGGACGGUGUCAGUAAGAUUGUGACGGUGGAUGUGAAGGGGAACAGCCCGCUGUGGAUGAAGGUGAAGGACCUGGCUGAGGGCAUCACCUACCGGUUCCGCAUCAGGGCUAAAACCUUCGCCUAUGGACCAGACGUUGAAGCAAACAUCACCACAGGGCCAGGGGAAGGUGCCCCUGGCCCUCCUGGAGAGCCCUUCAUCUCCCGCUAUGGCUCAGCCAUCACCAUCCAUUGGACGAGCGGAGACCCCGGCCAAGGACCCAUCACAAGAUACGUCAUUGAAGCUCGGCCUUCAGAUGAGGGGCUCUGGGACAUCCUCAUCAAAGACAUUCCCAAAGAAGUGACCUCCUACACCUUCAGCAUGGACAUCCUGAAGCAGGGGGUCAGCUACGACUUCCGUGUCAUCGCUGUCAAUGAUUAUGGCUAUGGGACUCCCAGCACACCAUCCCCCUCUGUCUCAGCCCAGAAAGCCAACCCCUUCUAUGAGGAGUGGUGGUUCCUGGUGGUUAUUGCCCUGGUGGGGCUCAUCUUCAUCCUCCUGCUCGUCUUCGUGCUCAUCAUCCGCGGGCAGAGCAAGAAGUAUGCCAAGAAGUCAGACUCGGGGAAUGGCUCUAAGGCAAACGCCCUGACCCACGGUGAGAUGGUGAGCCUGGAUGAGAGCAGCUUCCCUGCCCUGGAGCUCAACAACCGGCGCCUUUCCGUCAAGAAUUCCUUCUGCAGAAAGAAUGGCAUCUACACUCGGUCCCCGCCGCGCCCCAGCCCCGGCAGCCUGCACUAUUCGGAUGAGGAUGUGACAAAGUACAACGACCUGAUCCCUGCCGAGAGCAGCAGCCUGACGGAGAAACCUUCUGAGGUCUCCGACUCCCAGGGCAGCGACAGUGAGUACGAGGUGGAUCCGGGUCACCAGAAAGCCCACUCCUUUGUCAACCACUACAUCAGUGACCCCACCUACUACAACUCGUGGAGGAGGCAGCAGAAGGGCAUCUCACGGGCGCAGGCGUACAGCUACACCGAGAGCGACUCCGGGGAGCCCGACCACACACCCCUCUCCAACAGCACCUCCACACAGCAGGGCAGCCUCUUCCGGCCCAAAGCCAGCAGGACUCCCACCCCACAGACCCCCGGCAACCCCCCCAGCCAACCUGGCACCCUGUACCGCCCACCCAGCAGCCUGGCCCCCGGCUCCAGAGCCCCCAUUGCUGGGUUUUCCUCUUUUGUUUGAUAUUUAAAGGGGAGCAGAAGAAAACUACACGAAACAAAGGAGCAAAAAAAACAAAACAAAACAAAAAUAUGAAAAAAAAAAAAGGAAAAAAAAAAAAAAAGAAUCCACGAAAUCAAGGAAAUAAGCGUCAAGGUGGAGAAGAGGAUGGAGAUGUUGAGAGCCUGAGGAGGGGCUGCUCAGGUUCAGGCUUUGUCCUUUUCUCAGCAGGACUUGGAGCAGGAUGCCAAGGGACAGUGCUGAAGCUGGGGGGCAGAACCCAGCUCCCCUUUUUGGCCAAAGCUUUCUGUGUUGAGGACUCUUUGGCCGGAGGCUGCAGAGGGGCCCUGGAUGUGCUGUGUGGGCCCAACUUAUGGGUCCCACAAGGAUGCAGGAAUGGGUGGUGAUGCAGAGGAGACUGUGUGGGGAGAGGGGUUCUGUCUGUGUAAACCUCUGGGGGUGAAGCCCCCAGCCUGGACACUCUGAGAAAUGGGGCCAGCAGCCAUGUGGACAAUGAAUUGCCCUCUUUGUUCGCCCCUGGCCCAGCACAGCCCCCCAGCAGAGCUCCCAAGGGUGCAAGUGGUGCUGAUGUCUCCUAUGAUUCGCACCCUGGAGAGGACUCAGUGGGGUGAUGCAGUGACCGUGGCCGCUCCUCUGCCUCUCUGGCAGCGUGGAGGUGUUUUUAUUUUAAUUCUGUUUUGUGCAGAGGCCUGGGAGCCUAAGGGGCACACAGUGGUGGUGAUGCCCAGGGUGCUCUGGGGCUGGAGAGGGGAUGGUUUUGGUGCACUCUGCAUAGCAAACCUCUCCCCUCUUCUAUUGCCUGUUGGUGAGCCAGGCACCAGCUGGUGGGGCUGCACCGAGAGAUGCCAAUAAACAGCCUGAGGAUGAUCCUGUCUCACCUG